UUGGACAAACAACUGUAGUGUAUUCUCAACAAGUCAGUCAACAAAAAUGAUGUCCAACGGUGAAUUAAAGACCCCCUAAAAAGUCACAGACAGCUCUCUCAUUAGCAAGCCAAUCCAAUUAGUUUUCCAUAGGUUCACCUUGUCAUCAAUGGAAUUAUAAAUAUGUUUUUAUUGGCCUAAACUUCCACCUGGAGAAGGACUACCUUUGGCCAGCUACACGUUUACAAUUUUAUUGACAAUAUGCUCCAGGUAAGGACGGUUAACUGUCACCACACAGAAAGACAGUUGUGACAAAAUGUUUCAAAGUUGUCUAAGUGAUUUCUUUCUUUCUAUAUUUUGGUGUUCAAACCUCCGCCCCUAUUCAACUGAGCACGCGCUGGAUGCAGGCUCGGGAAAACGCCAUCUUUAAACCCCAGAAGAAAUCACAGUUGAGCGCCGGUGAUCAACGACACACAGUGCCUGCGUUGGUUUUAAACUCUGCGGGUAUCAUCAUGAUCUGUUUGUUGACAGGCGAAACAAAUAAGCAACUAAUUGAAGGAACUGUAAAUACUCAACCAAGCCACAUUGUAUGGUUUUAAAAUUGUACUAUCAGAAGGCUAACAUCAACAACACUAGCUAGACAACAACGGACGAGUAAUCAAGGCGUUGUUAUUGAGCUAACUGUUUGCUGGUUUCCAUAGGUGGCUUGUUAGCUAAACCUGUAUUGAAGGCACUUUGACAUUCACAUUACGUUGUUUUAAAAGGCUUGAUUUGGACUCGACUGCGUGGCUGCAGUUUUAGUCCCGACUUCACCCCCUCCCUCCCCAGCGGCCCAGCCGGAGAUGCGUGGAAGAUGUCGGUUUCGGGUCUGAAGGCCGAACUGAAGUUUCUGGAGUCCAUUUUUGAUCCAAACCACGAACGCUUCAGAAUUAUUGACUGGAAGCCGGAUGAGCUAAACUGUCAGUUUAAUGUGACUGGAGAAAAACCGUUGAUUAUACAUUGCAACAUUACGGUAAGCAAGGAAACGAGGCUACAUGGCUAGCUAGUUGAAGCUAAGUAGGUAGCUAACGGUAGCUAGUUAUGGUUAGCUCAGAACACGUAGCUUUUUUAGCGUGGCGGCGCGGAACAACCGGACGGACAGAUAGCUAAAGAAACACUCUGCGAAUUGUGGCUAGUCGAACGUUAGCCAGCUAUCAUUUAGCUACUUUAGCUAAGCAAUGUUUUUGUUUGUGACUUGUUUCUAGUAGGAGUCCCAAUAUUUGCAUGUUAGCAAGCUAGCUAACGGUAGCUGACUUGUUUCUAGUAGUAGUAAGAGUCAAAAUAUGUGCGUGUUACUAUUGUAGUUAACGUUAGCUAGCUAGCUAAUAUACUGAGAGACAAACAAGUCUUGUUGAUUUUAGCCAAAGAGUUAUCCUGAAAACUGGCAUGACAUUAUGCUAGGGCCUAGGCUAGGCAUGCUCUCUGCGUCACUGAUGAACGUUGUUAACGUUAGCCAUCUACACUUCCGCAUUUACUAACGUUUGUUGAUUGUUAAACAAUUUAACUAGCUAGCUAACGUAGUGGUUGUUAUGAUUGCAUGCUUCAUGAUCAACGCAAUAAGCUCUAGCCCGUCAGCUGUCACUGAUAACACUAACUUAAUGCUAAGUUAUCUAUACUCAUGACGUCAGUAAAUAAUUGCUAGCUAGCAUGAUUCAAAAGCAUCACUUGUCAAAGAAACAGCUUCUGGUCUUGUCAAAAGACCGUGAUCUGCCAGCUCAGCUUUUAGCUGGCUGGAUGCUGUUGGUUUGUAUUGUCCAAUUCGCUUAGAUAACUACAUUCGUUUGACCAGCAUACUGAUUGAAUUCAGUGCUCUUACCUGGCUAGUUAACAUUCUAUAAGAAAUGUGAAAUGGCCACCAUCACACAACACAUUAAUUUAGCUUAAUGUAAAGUAGUAAUCAGCGAUUACAUUUGUCUGUUUAAAAGGACUCUUGAGAUUUCCCAGAUUUUAUGAUUCAGACAUGUCCAUGUCACACUCCUGUUUCAUUUUUAGGUUAUUGUUCCAAACAAUUUUGUCACAUUUCUCAGCCUUAUAAUGCUGAUUAUUUUUGUUUCUUUUUUUCUCUCAUCCUCAUUGAACCCCAUGUCUUACAGGAGUCGUACCCCUCCACACCUCCAAUCUGGUUUGUGGACUCUGAUGACCCGAGCCUGACACAAGUGUUGGAGCGCCUGGAGGAUGUCAGAAAGGGCAGCACCCUGGUAAGAUCUCAGCCCUACAACUAGUAUAACUAACAGUUGAUAGUGGAGUGUUUUCUUCUGAACAGUUUGCAUCUUAUUUAAUGUUUAGUAACGUCUAUCUAUUCUGUGUUCUUUCAUCACAAGCACUUGGUUGGGCAGCAUUCCUGUGUAGAUUAAGACACGAGCCGUCAGCGAGAUAUGGUUAGGAAAACGUACCUCAAUCCAGGGAUGAGAGAUGCGUGGUACUCUGAGUUGUCCCAUUAUCUUAACUGUUACACCGAGAAGAUUGAACGACUGCUAGUUUUUACGGAACACUGUCCUUUUCGUCCUCAUGCGAAAACGGCAGUUUACCUAAACUAGCAGUGCCUUUAAGGGGCCAGGCUGUAUCUCAGCAGGAGCAUUCUCUGUGCAUUAUGACGUUACAAUGCCGUCCUGCUGAGCAAGCUCCAUCAAAAGCAGGCAGAUAAUUGUGGUUCUAAAUCAUCUUUUGACUUCCAUUUCAAUCCCAGCUUUUGAUCUAUUAUGUGAAGGCUUUGGAAGGAGGCUUCCCAGUGUUCAGAUAAUGAAACUGGAUUAUGACACUAUAUUUCCAGUAUUUGUUUACAAUUAAAAUGUUGUUUAGCAGAUGCUCUUAUCCAAAGUAAAACAACCAUAUUAUACGAAAUGAAUAGUAAUCAAAUCAACUUUGACUAAGUGUUAUGCGGAGCAGGAGAAACAUGUUGUUUUUCAGCCAAUCACAUCUCUUCUAAUGACUAAUUAACCAUACCUGUUUUGGUGUUGUUGGGUAGAGCAGUUAUGAUAGGAGAGUUGAGUGACAGCUAGGCUAUUUCAUACUGCUGUUCCAAGUGGUGUUGGAGGUUAAAGGGAGAUGUAUGUCAGACUAAUUCAGGGCUGUACUCUGCUGCAGGACAGGUUCUCUGCCUGUUUCCUCUUGCCUUAGUCCCAGUUGUUAGACAGCUGAGGUAUUGAACAGUGUUUUGAAGUCACCCUCAUGUCACUCCCAACAUCAUAGGACAGCCCUCUGUCAUGUUUGGCAUAAGUCUCAAGAGUGCCUCUGAUGGGGAACUGGAGGGAUGGAUAUUUUUGACAGGCACACUGCCACAGUGACACAGAGAGAUUCAGCAGGCCAAAGGGCCUUGUCAUGUGAAUAUUGAGGUCACUAUUUUCAUGCCAAGCAGUUCUCCAGGGUUUCCCCUAUAUUUAUUUAGCAGCGGAGACUUGGCAAUUAAGCCCUUUUUCUACUUACCCAGAGUCGGAUGAAUUCAUGGAUACCAUUUUUUAUAUCUCUUGCAUGCAGUUUGAAGGAAGUUGCUAACUUGUGUUAGUGCAAAUGCUAGUUAGUAAUGGUUUGCGAAACUACCAUCAACUUCCUUCAAACUGCACAUGAGUUCAUCUGACUCUGAGUAAGUAGAAAAAGUGCAAGAGUUGGCAAUUAAGCCCUAUCCCUUUUAAAGACCUGCUCAGAUGACUAGCCUACUAAGUAUGUUUUAUACCUCUCGCUUUGGGCUGGAUGUGUCAAUGUGUAAUUCAUACAUGCAUCAUUUAUGAGAAGAAUUACUGUCUUACCUCAAUUACCCUACAUUUUGUGUGUCGCCGGGAUGGAGGUAUCUUCGGGCCAGUCUUACGAGCACGGGGUAGCCUAGUCUUUGUUUUUGAAAUUACAGUAGGCUAUCGGUAUCCUUUAUCGAUAACCCUUUUCAGAAAUAAUGGAAUGUGGCCCCUUGAAAGCGCUACAGCAUGUUUGUCUGUCUGUCUAUUAGGGUAGGCUACACUACAUAUUUUUAAAUGCCAACACGAAACCUUCUCUGGAGACAUGAGCAGGCAUUUUACAUGUCUGUAAAGGAAUGAGGCUUCUGAAGUGGGACUAAUGUCCAUCACUAGGCAACCAGAACUGUCAAUCAAAUAAUCUUGAGCUGCUGCCUGCACGCAGACCAAUAUCUCCUAAAAAAGUACUUUAAGGUUUGUUAAAUACUGUGACUUACCAAGACAUUUAGUAGAAAUAAAACAAAUUUUUCUACCAUACCAUAAAACGCAGCAUAAAAAACACAGCAGCACAUCAAUUGGCAACGUUUAUUGUUGUUAGGGAAAAAAUACAUUACAUUUUAUGCCGGAGCAGAAUUCUGUCUCUUUUUCAAAUUGUCUGAAAAGUUACCAAUUGUCGCUAUUGACAUGUUACUGUAGCUGCGUUCUAUGUCUGUAAAGGGUUGCGGUAUAUAUAACUUCAUUGCCUGGCCCUAGCAGUCAUACAUACGUAAUAGGACUGUUCUGCAUUGUAAAUACAUUCUUUGACUUAGCCUACUUACUCACACUGCAUGUUCUGUUUGUAGGCCACCAGAUCUGCUUUUAUAGUACUCUUAUCAAAGUUAUCUGUGGUGGUUAGAAUUUCUCUUUGCAUUGUACAACAUUUUCACCAUGUAUGGACCAGGCCUACAUUCAGUAGAAUACGUUUCUUCUAUAGCAAUACUGAGAAGCUUGCAGAGGUACACAUUUCUGCCCUAUGUUACUGUUGCUAAGGUGUCUGACAUUCCCUGACAAAAUCUUACCUUUCAUGUUGUCUCUGAGGGCAUGCCGUGGUGGAGGUAGAAUGCCGUGAAAAAGUAUUUGCCCCUUUCUGAUUUUCUGAGUUUGCAUAUUUCUUACACUGAAUGUUAUCAGAUCUUCAACCAAAACCUAAUAUUAGAUCAAGGGAAGAGAAGUGUACAAAUAAACACUUUAUCAUUAUUUAAUAAACAAAGUUAUUCCACACCCAAUGCCCUGUGUGGAAAAAUUAAUUUUCCCCUUACACUAACUGGUUGUUCCACCUGCAAUGACUGCCACCUGCAAUGACUGCAACCAACUGCUUCCUUUAGUUGUUGAUCAGUCUCUCGCAUCAAAUUUUGACCCACUCUUUCAUGUAGAACUGCUUUAACUCAGUGACCUUUGUGGGUUUAGGUCUGGACUGUGACUAGGCCAUUCCAAAACAUACAAUUUGUUGCUUUUCAGCCUGAUGUAGACUUCAUUUUUCUGGUGAAAACCAAACACUGCAUUCCACAGUAAGAACCUCAUACCAUUGGUCAAGCGUGGUGGUAGUGUGAUGGUUUGGGGAUACUUUGAUGCCUCAGGACAUGGACGACUUGCAAUCAUUGAAGGAACCAUGAAUUGUGCUCUGUAUUAGAUAAUUCUACAGGAGAAUAUCAGGCUGUCUGAGCUGAAGUGCAGCAAGACAAUGGUCCAAAACACGCAAUCAAGUCUAUAUCAGAAUAGCUGAAAAACAACACAUUUGAAUUUUUGGAAUGGCCUAGUCAAAGUCCAGAUCUGAACCCGAUUUGCGAUGUUACGGCAGGACCUGAAACGAGCAGUUCAUGCUCAAAAACCCACAAAUGUCACUGAGUUAACAGUUCUGCAUCGAGGAGUGGGUUAAAAUUCCUCCACAGCGAUGUGAGAGACUGAUCAAUAACUACUACAGGAAGCGUUUGGUUGCAGUCAUUGCAGCUAAAGGUGGCACAACCAGUUAUUGAGUGUAAGGGGGAAAUUACUUUUUCACACAGGGGCACUGGGUGUUGCAUAACUUUGUUUAUUAAAUAAAUGAAAUAAGUAUUUAAUUCGUGUUAUUUGUUCGCUCAGGUGCCCUUUAUCUAAUAUUAGGUUUUGGUUGAAGAUCUGAUAGCAUUCAUUAUAAAAAAUCGGAAAGUGGGCAAAUCCUUUUUCACGGCACUGUAUCUGUGACAUGUCUGUGCUGUGUUAUCUAGCGCUGCUGACCUGUUCCUUGCCUGCCUGUCCUCCCUAACUCUUAACUGUGCCUGCUGGUACUGUCCCUCGGUCCCCCAGCUCCUGCAGCAGCUGAAGCGGCUCAUCUGUGACCUGUGUCGGCUGUACAACCUGCCCCAGCACCCAGAUGUAGAGAUGCUGGACCAGCCCCUCCCUGCCGGCCCUGUAGGACAAGACCGAAAGGUAAGGACGCCAAAUGUCCCCUCAAAUAUAUAUGUAUACUGGUUUUCAAAGACUGCUAGGCCUAUAUAUUUUUCCAUUGGAUGGCAUUGAAGUGAAAAAUAAGCAUUUAGAGGCUUUUUCAUGAAGACCGUCUCUUUUCACAUACCUAAAGUGAGUCAUGUGCCUAAUCCCUUUGUUCAAUUUUAUUGUCAAAGCCAUGAAGGAGAUUGAAGACACUUAGCUAAUGAAAGGGUUUAAAAACCUGCAUGAAGAACCUAAUAGUGUCCUGAAACAGUCCCUCAGCACAGACAUUAAUGAUUAGUGCAGAGUCCCGGGGAUGGAAUCAAUACUCUUCCUGUGCUCAGGGUCAGUGGGAGGUGCUAGCAUUUACAUUUAACAUUUUAGUCAUUUAGCAGACACUCUUAUCCAGAGCGACUUACAGUUAGUGAGUGCAUACAUUUUCAUACUGGCCCCCCCGUGGGAAACGAACCCACAACCCUGGCGUUGCAAGCGCCAUGCUCUACCAACUGAGCUACAUGGGACCAAUAAUGAACCUCAUGACCAAUGAACACACAACCAUAGCCUCAUAUAGCCUACUUGAGGAAUUUGAAUUACUGAAGCAGAGUAGUUAAGUAGUAGCAGCCUGUACAGCUGUGCUUUUAAACUCAAACAUUGAUUAUUGGGCUGAAAUAAAAAAAGGAGGCCGGGGGGGCACUGUUGUGCUAUGCAAGACAAGAGGAAUGUUGUUUCUGACUACCCAGAAACUCAGUUACUGGUUUUGCACAUUUCAGAACAUUCCUACAAAUAUCUCUGCAUUUAUGGGGAGUUUUUUGUUACCAGACUUCAGGCGGACGUAUAACUUGCUAAAGCAAUUGGUGUCACUGAGUGUGGCAUGUUAGGAAUGAAUUGAACUGUCUGUGAACUCAUCUUUCUCUCUGUUUCUUUAGCAUGGGGUCACAGACGAGGUCACGUCCGAGGAAGAGGAAGAAGAGGAAAUGGGAGAGGUCUUUAUCUCUUUCCAAAUAAACGUCAUUACAUAUAGCGCUGCACUGCACCAUGCUGAUAUGAGCUGAGCCAUGCUGGACGUCAAGCUCGAUUAGAUACUAGUCAAUACCAAUCACACAUAUUUGCAAGUGUUAACUUGAAGUAAAACAUGUCUUCUAAUGCUCUUAUCUUGUCAUUGUGUUGUGCCAGCAGGACAUUGAAGACCUGGACCACUAUGAGAUGAAAGAGGAGGAGCCAGUGGAUGGGAAGAAGUCUGAGGAUGACGGCAUCGAGAAGGAGAACCUGGCCAUCCUGGAGAAGAUCCGCAAGAACCAGAGGCAGGACCACUUGAACGUAAGUGCUCAUUCGGUAAGGUGACUUUUCAUACGCUUUUGGGGGAUGCAUGGGGAAUAUCUCUGUAGUUAGGCCUAAAACAGUUUGCUGGACCCAGCACUGUUAUACUGGGAUGUCUAGAGUGACCCUUUAUGAUAUAGCCAUUAUGCAUGCAUCUAACCAGUUUUUCAGGUGGCUCUGAAUAUAAUGUAUUUUUCCAUUUGUUUUCCAUCAGUGUUUUACUCUGAGGGAAUUUCUUACCAAAGAAGUACACCCAGAUUAUGUGGUUUAGGACUCCAAUUUGUAAACAAGGACAUAAUCAACAUGGAUUGCGAAGACUAAAUGACAGUGAUUAGUCAUUCUGAUAGUAAUCAUGUUAUCUAACAUUUACCCAUAGCUCUCUUAAUUGUUGCUGUGGAAUUCAGACGUUUCCCCUGAGUAGCUCCGAGAGACUUAUAAACACAUUUGUUUGUGCCAGAUUAUUUACUCUGCUCUCAUCCUCCAUAGUCCCUGCUGCAUUCACUGGCUCUGCUCUUCAAAUCUAUCAUUAUCACAGAUGAGAGCCUUGCUAUGGAACCUGUGAAAUUCUCCCCAUUUAUUGUAGGGAACUGUAUACUGCCAAGUAGUUAGUUCUGAAGCAUUUUGUCUCUGUAUGCUGAACAAUAACUGUUCUUUUAUUGGAGUUUGUAGAUUUUCUUUUUCUAAAGGUAGCUUAGUGGGUAAGAGCGUUGUGCCAAUAACCGAAAGGUCGCUGGUUCUAAUCCCCGAGCCGACUAGGUGAAAAAUCUGUCUGUGCCCUUAAGCAAGGCACUUAACCCUAAUUGCGCCUGUAAGUCGCUCUGGAUAAGAGCGUCUGCUAAAUGACUAAAAAUGUAAAUGUAAAAAUUUGAGCUGGGCAUGUAAACAUUUGAAUUAAUCGUUGCGGUCACAGUAUCUAUGUGCAUUAUUAUCCCCAAUCGUUGAAUGUGCUGUAUGUUUGGGUAUCAGUGUAUUACCCUGGGUGUAUUAUGUGUUGCAGGGUGCAGUGUCUGGUUCAGUGCAGGCCUCAGACCGCCUCAUGAAGGAGCUCCGGGAGAUAUACCGGUCCCAGAGUUACAAGAUGGGUACGUACUUCACUGCAGCAGCACUAGAAAGCUCUUCAGAUAUGGUGCCAAAAAAUACAAUAAAUUGACAGUUUGAUUCAGAAUGUCACUUACCAGACUAUGCAUUCUCUUCCAGGUAUCUAUUCAGUGGAGCUGGUCAAUGACAGCCUGUAUGAAUGGCACGUCAAGCUGAGAACGUAAGUAACUAAAGGGGGGGAGACAAAAUACUGUGGUUUAGACUGGAGGAACACUUAAGUCACAGUUAACAGGAAGCCUGGAUCUCAGGAUGAGGGUGGAUAAUGCCUUAUAGCAUUCACUGCUCUUUUGUUUCUGCACUAGGCCUUUUUACCAUAGGAGUUGACAGUACUGUAUAAUUAUAGCAUGUGACUGAUGUAUUAUGAUGCGCUCUGUUUGCUCAACAGGGUAGAUCCAGAUAGUCCCCUACACAGUGACCUGCAGGUUUUAAAGGAAAAGGAGGGAAUGGAUUACAUUCUGCUAAACUUCUCAUAUAAAGUAAGUACGAAUGCUGAUACUAGAAAGCAAAGACAAUUUGGUAGCUUUGGGAGUUCUCAUUUUAAUGCUAUUUUGUGCUCAACCUGCAGGAUAAUUUCCCCUUUGAUCCACCCUUUGUACGGGUGGCUUCUCCUGUGCUGUCUGGAGGGUGAGUUCAGUAAACUGCGUAUGAGUGGAAUGGUUUUGUUUUUCUGCUGUGUUUCCACUGUGACGGAGUUGCUCCCCUCACUUAACCUUAAAGGAAGGGCGGUCUCUUCUGGUCUAGACUGAUUGUCAACAGCCAGUGAAAAGUGGCAGUUCCCUUAAAAGAGAAUCUGUGCUUGUGGAUAAGAGAUUUAUUGUGGCGUUUUGAUCACCUUUAUAUCUACAUAUUCUAAUAUUUUCCUUUCACCUGCUGUCUUCUAAGUUAUGUUCUUGGAGGGGGUGCCCUGUGCAUGGAGCUUCUCACAAAGCAGGUAUGUUUUUAUGCCUCUGAAUGUCAGUUCAUAACUUGUCCACUGUUAUUUCUCAGUGGAGGUAAAAGCUAGUGCGUUGAUUAUGUAUCGUCACUUGAUUUCAGGGCUGGAGCAGUGCCUAUUCCAUAGAGUCUGUAAUCAUGCAGAUCAACGCCACUUUAGUCAAGGGAAAAGCCAGAGUGCAGUUUGGAGCCAAUAAGGUAAGCAUUGCUUGUCUAAGGGGGCAGAGAGCUUUGAAAUGUGUUAACAUGAUGCAUACUACAGGGUUUAUUGACACUGUGUUCUGACAUGGAUAGAGGGGUGAGCUCCCUGCUGUGUUUGUGUGUGGCCUGCUGGUCCAAGCUGCUCUAUGGAAAUGAGGUAUCACUAUAAGCCCCCAGCACUUCAUUUAAACAGGACGUUGUUACUUAGCGCCGCUGGGACAGUGCCAUGCUGCUGAUCUCUUCAUGCUGUCAUUUCUCUCAGCACGGUCACACUAAUCUCGCUCUGGGCUACCAGUAGAAUUUGAAGCAGACCAAAUGACAGGGAUGUUUUAUAGACAAGCUGCAGUCUGGGCAGUUUCAAGGAAUCUUGGGCCCUGCUGCGUGAGAAUCUCUGAGUUCUUUAAAAGUUAGGAUGUAACCAUGUACACCAAAGAAAGACUUGAUACUCAGCUAUGUUGAUGUCAAAUCUUGUCUAAUGAAAGUGUUUAUCAUAUCUGUCCAGAGGUUACUAAAGUUGGGUAGGUAUGGUUAAUAAAAUGUACCUAUUAAUCAAAAAUAUAAGAAUACCAAUGUUUCUGUUACCGGGUUGAUACAACUUUGGCCUUAUAAGAACCAGUUCGACUUUUAAGCUGAAUUUAAUACACCCACAUCAGAGAAAAUAGACCCAGCACCUCAGAAAUUUUCCCCACAUGGUCGACAAUCUAUUUAUUACGGUGUGAUUAAUGGUCACCCGCGAUGCGCGCAAAAGUAGCAUGAAAACAGGUCGGGCGGCAAAAUUCUCUGGUGGAAGCUGAUACAAAGGCAUCUACCGUGCGGUCUGACUUCACCAAACUAAUUCGCAUGUACGUGAUGGUCUCCCCAAUAUAAAUGAACCUUUACACUGCUUGGGGCAUUCAUAAGCACUGAAGUUGAAUAUAUGCCCUGUUUUUGUUUCAGAACCAAUACAAUCUUGCCAGAGCACAGCAGUCAUACAAGUCCCUGGUCCAGAUCCAUGAAAAGAAUGGUGAGUGUUACCUUCUCCAGUUAAACAUCUUGUAUCAUAUUUGACCUUGAUAGUACAUCCCUCCAUGCAUCAGUCAGUGGUUGAGGAAAAUAUUACAAGCACCAAGAGGGUUUCAUAUGGCAGCUAUAGUGAUUGUUCAUAGGUCAAGAUAAAAUACAGCCAACUGUUUGAUCAAUCCUACUGUCUAAGAUGAAUUGACUCAGUGUUUUGUCCAGUAUGUCUGAGUGCACUGUCUCUUGUCUGAUCCUUGUAGGCUGGUACACUCCCCCUAAGGAGGAUGGGUAAGAGGAGCGUUGCCAUGCCUCCACUGAGACCACAUGUCAACACCUUUCCCCCCCCAUACUUUUCUUUUCCCUCUCUAACUGGAGUUUUCAUUGGGAGUUUGAUCCCAAGCCAAUUCCACCCAUUCUGUGACCAUGAGAACCAAACAACCAAUGGUUAAAACCCCCUCACUGACCAACCACCUUAUCCACUUCUCAAUAGGGGAUCUACCCUCUCGCUAUUUCUCUUUCUCUCACUUGUGCAAUCGCUCGUUCUGUUUUCUUCCUCUGUUAUAAUCCACCCUAAUCCCUUGAGCAUUGAAUGAACUCCAUAUCUUGUGCAACUCCCUUAAAUCCUACACUGGGCAAGAAGAGGUUACUUACUGCCUGUGAUUUUGGGUCAAGGUUGAGGCAUGGCUUUUGCUAGCAACUGAAGCUGUCUGUUGUCAGUCACAUGACUGGGGCUGAGAUUCUCUGGCCACAGACUGGAACAGAGAAAGGCCGGUGACAUUUCCCCUGUGACAGUGGAGGCUGGGACGGACAAUGAAACCGCUGGUGGUGGGAAUGAGCACCACCUCACUCCCCAUGGAUGGCCUCUGUCAUGUUUGCUUGUGUAUCUGUAUAUUGCCAAGAUUCAUCCUUCUGGAAUAAAAUGUCCUCCUGAGGCUAGCUUCCUUAACUCCUGGUCUACAAAAGCCAAAGGCCCUGAAUGGAGAGAGGAGAGUUAUAGACUCCUGACUAAGGUGGGACUGGGACCGCUUAAUGGAGGAUAUCCUAUUGAGCACAAGAGGUGGAGGCCGCUGCCUCCUCCUCCUCUACCACCGCCCAGCCAAUCUCCUCUCAGGCUGCUUUUGGCUUUUAUCGGCAGCAUACAGAGAUAUGACCAGGCUUUAGCAAAGGCAGGUUGGAUUUAAUCACUGUAAUGUAGUUGAAUUUAACUCCACAUGUAUACUUGUAAAGUUGUAUUUCUGAGAAUGGAUUUCAUUGUUUUUAACGUAACCUUGUGUGGGUCUUGGGGUCCGAGCGGGCAGAGACUGCGUUAGUAUAGCCCUGGCUAUAGCAGGGGCAUACAUUUCUCAAGGUGUAUUUCAGACGUAGGAUAACAAACCAUUUGCUUCAUGGAUACUCUUGCAGAAGUUAAAAGGAACACCUUUAAACCAUGUUUUUAUGUAAGCAUAGUGACUACUAUUGUUUUUUGUUUUCCUGUAUAAAUUGAAGUACUUGCAUUAUUUUCUUAGUGGUUUCAUAUGUUCAAAAGUGACACCAUUCCUUUUACUCAAUGACACGGUGGUGCUUUUUUGGCAUUCCAGAUAUGCUGGCUAAUUUCCCCGGUGACACAAACCUGAUGAACCUUUUAAUAAGGCUAUGCACACAAUGGUUAGGAGGUAAUAUGUACACACAAUAAUUUCAAAACGUCUCAGUGCAGUCCCCUGCUUAAUUUGAAUCCAUCCUCUAACUAGCUUGUUCACACUCCCAUAUCACCCAUCCAUGCCUCUCAUGCCUGCAGUGGACUUCACUUCAUACCACAUGCUCAAUAAUAAAAUAUUUGUUGAUUCCAAAAAACAUUUUCAGGUCUGACUAAGGUGUGUAGUAAUGCCUUUGACAAAAGACUGAUGCCCACUGAUUUCCAUCCUUUGCCUCCCCUCUCUGGUACCUUGUUUUGUAUCACCUAUGACCUGACCCCCCUCAUGAUCUUUGUUGUCAGUGAUGGAAGGAACCUUUUUUAGAGGGGUCAUGAACCCCUAACUCAUGACCAUCCUCAGCACUGUCAAACCUGGAGCAUGCCAAGUCUUAGCUAUAUGAAUAAUAUGCAGAAUACUGUGUGAUGCAUUUGAUUGAAUGUUAUUACACACAUAAAUGGGUGUUUUUUGUGUGGAUAUUAUCCACAUUGUUAGAAGUCUGUUGUCGCAAAAACCAGCAUAGGAACCAGCUUGUUCCUAGUAAAUAUUCAGCUUUUUUUUGUUCAAUACUGUAGGUCAGCCCACCACACUAACCUCAACCAGAACUGUCACCCUUGUGAAAUAUACUAAUAAUGGGCGUAUAAUUAAGCUCCAUCUACCUUUUAUUUGUUGUAAUGUCAGCCACCCCAGCUGUAUACCACAAUGCAUCGCGUUCUGUCAAAAUGGUGGCACUGACCACACUGAAGAAGACUCAUUUAGAGGUUUAAUACUGUUCACCCAACAUGGUGACUGACUUCCUUACAAUAUGUCUACAACACAUGGAGAACUGUUGAUCAUUGUCAUAGACGUUAGGUGUUGGUACCAAGUGUUCCACUGCUUUCCCACAUGGCUGACCUCAUUGUGAACAUGCCCCGGCUAGAAACCCCCUCCCUCCCUGUGUGUUCUCUAGAGAAGCAAACUCAGGAAUACAUAGCUACUGCACACUUGACUUAGCAAGGGAUUGUUUCACAAAUGUCACAAGAUGCAAGUAUAUAUAUAUUUUUUUCAAUUACUAUUGUUUACUUCUAAAUUUGUUUCCCUUCAUAUAAUUACAGUAACCGUUGCAGUAACCAUUGGACUGCGCACUCUGCAUUUGGCUUGUCUGAAUAUCUUUCUUUGUGGUAGUCACUGGUAAGACUAGUGGUAAGCAGGGUGUGGUGGAGUGAUGAGAUGGGACGGGCAUGCUUGCUCUUUCUUGAUAUAGGCCCCCCUAUAUAUACCAUUCAAUCCAUCAGAUCAGUUUUGUGAUGCAGGAAGGUGAACCAACGCUUUAUCUCACCCAUUUAAGCUAAUUUAACCUUUUGUCCUGGGUCUUUAUGGGUGUUUCUAAUCUAGGACAUCUUCAUCCUGUACCUCUGGUGUUGUAGUCUUUUGCAUGUAGAUAUCUCAGCAAGUACUUUCACUCUGUAGGGACUAGUGUGUGUGUGUGUGUGUGUGUGUGUGUGUGUGUGUAGACAGGACAGUUCAUCUAUAUUAGUUCGCACAGGUCUGUAGAUGCAG